AUCCCCUCUCCUCCGGACCAGGAUGCAACCUGCCCGGCUUUAAAGCAAGAUGGCGUCAGGCUGACACAGAGAGGAGGCUGAAGCGGAGGUGUGAGGAGAAAACACAAACUUCACGUCGUGGCUGUUCUCCGUCCUGAGAACUGUACAUCUACGCUACACCCAUGCAUGUGUUGACGCAUGGGUUGCCUGGUGAGACCUGCUCCCAGCACUGCUUGGGUGUGUUUUUGAAUCAUGUGGUGGAAUCUGCUCUUCAAUACACGCCGAAAUUAAUGCUACUAUGUCUGAUAUGAAGCAAAAUGCACAAGAGGACAAAGAGGUGGAAAUAGUGUCUGACACCCUGGGUCAUACUCAGGAGCCACUGCAGAGUCACACAUUCUGUCUGAAAAACAAUGCUGCAGGUCUGUCCUCAGAGGAGCACGAAAACCCUUUAAAUGGAACCCAGCCGAAUCCAUUUGUAUACAGCAGUGUCCCCGCUGUUCCCCAUGCAGGCAAUUCAUUGCCUUCAGGAGCACUUGUUAAUGGACCUGGUUCACACCCCACCUCAGAGGUACACUGUGUCCUGAACAAAGGCACUGUUUUAUCCAACAAUGUCCUGGAUGCCGUGUGGCAAGUGGAGAAGGACACGAGCCCCGAGGUGUUACCACCACCUAGUGAGCUUCAAUCAGACGCUUGGAAGAACACAGCGGGGCCCGCUGUAAAAACACUGGCCACACAGCCAGGUGUCAACACGCCACUGUCUCACUUGGAGGAGAAUGAGUCUAAACUGGCCUAUUCCACACUGUCAGGUGACAGUGCAGAGCAAAUGCCCAUUAGCAAACCUCGGAUAAAACAGACAAUAGAAGCGGGAUCUCGACACAGUGCUGAAUGGUCACAAAGCUCCUCUGAUGAUAAUGGUGAUUUUGAAGUAAUCAGAUGGGAUCCAACAACAGAGUGCUUCUUGCACAGUGGCAGAAGGCUUGAGACCAGAGUGAAGCACCAAAGAGAAAAGCAGCACACUACACAUGUAAAAACCAUGGCAGGCUCCCCAGAAAAGGUCAACAACAGUUUAAAUCACUCGUACAGACUUCCCCGCCCUGGUAAUGAUGUUGAAUAUGUUGACAUUGCCAACAAAGGUGAUUCUUUGGAUACACAAUCAGGUAUUAAAUAUUCUGUCAUACCUUUCAGAGAUCUGUCAAGGAACAGAGUGUUAGAGUCUGAGCAGCGUAUUUCUGGUGUAGCACAGGAAGGCUCUAAUGAGGAAAAUGACCCUGAAGAUGAAGACAGUUUUCAUCAAAAAGUGGAACAGUUGAAAGCAGAGCAACUUGAACAAGAUCCAUUCUUCUUCUCAUGCACAAUAUGCAAUGUUAAUUUCAUGGAAAAAAGACAUUUCCAUAGACAUAUGAUGUAUCAUUUAGGCAAGCAUAAUCAGGUGAAGAGUGAGAAUGUUUCACAGGCCUUUAUAUGCAGGGAGUGUGGGCGUUUGUUCUGUGAUAGCAACUCCCUCAUGAAGCACAUCAUUAUUCACCAAGACAGGCUGGAAAAACUUAGGGAGGAAAUCAAAGGUCUCAAAAAUCCAGAAUUUGAAGACAGAGGCACCACAGUGCAGUGCUCUCACUGUGUAUUCGGUUGUAAUUGCCAGAAAAUCUUUGUCCAGCACGCCAAAGCAGGCGAUAAUCUGAAGCACUACUACUUUUGUGAGGAGUGUAACUACAUUACACUCACUCAGCAGGCACUCGAACUGCACCUACAUGUCGCACACCUCAACACACACCGGCCUCAGUGCCGGAAAAUGACUCAUACUAAUGAUGCAGAGGAAGCAGACCAUGUUCAGUUUCAGUGUAAAAUGGGGUUUUUCACCAGCAGAGACAAAGUAGAGUCAGAAAGACAUUCUAAGAUGGAGAACCUGCGAUCACGCAUUCUGGAUGACAAGUCCAGAAUUGCUGCGUGUAAAGCAAAUCUGUUAAAAUCUGCCUUUGGAGAAACUGCCCAUUCCACCCAUUGUUCCACUGGAAAAAAGGACAUUUACGUUAAGAAAUCUACUGACAAAAGUUCUCCUCAGUUCAAGUGGCAUGUUCGCUGCACCAAAAACAAACUGUCACCGUCUUUGUGGAGGAUCAGCAAACAUGGAAAAUUACUCCUGCAACCAGCAGGUAAAUUAGAUGUGGCAACUGAUCUCACCUGUGUGGAAGAAGAUGCUGAACAAAAUGGCCGCAGGGCAUUUGGCAGCUCAAAGCAGGCAAACUGUCCUGCAACUGCUGAUUUUUUACUGUCAGCUAGAAAUCUUAAAUUAGACCAGAUGUUCUUUGAGGGUAGCAAGAGCGACCCGGAAAGCAGGAGCUUACCAAGCAAGCAAGCAAACCAAAAUUCUCCAUCAAUGAGAAAAAUGUCAACACCUAAGCAUAACACUAUUGACAAAAUGAAUGGUAGUAUAUUGCCAAGGCUUAGCCAGAGGCAUAAGAAACAUUCUGCAGUUAGGGAGUUGGAGGAGGGCUGUGAGGGCGGCCAUAACUUCUGUGAUGACACCAGCAAAGCUACAGGCAGCUUCUUGGAAAGCACUGAGAAUGAAAGGAACCCGUAUGCUCGGAAGUAUUUCAAAAAGAGGCAGAGGUUUUCAGCUAAAGACCAAAGCCCCCAUAUCCUCAAGGAUGAAGGUGAUGGAGAUGAAGACUGCAGUGACAUAGAGCAGCUCAUAAUCAAGGAGGAGUAUAUCGAAGCUGUGUGUGAUGAUUCCUCAGGAUCACCUCGCACGUCUGAGAGUGAUGGGUUUGAUGUUUUCCCCUCGCAAGUGGUAGAACACAGGCCCUGUCCAUACUGCCCCGCCAUGUUUCAGUCUGGAGUGGGUCUGUCCAAUCAUGUGCGAGGGCAUCUUCAUCGAGCUGGCUUGAGCUAUGAUGCUCGGCACAUGGUUUCACCAGAGCAAGUAGCGCUGCGGGACCAUCAGCCACAGACUCGCAGGAGGAUCCAUACUGGCGUGAGGAAAAUGAGAAAAGCUAUUAAGGCAGAAACCCAGGGAGAGCACACAUGUCCGCUGUGCUGGAGUUGGUUUGACACUAAGACUGGCCUCUCCAACCAUGUGAGGGGACACCUUAAACGAAUAGGUCGAUGUGUUACCAGCACCAGUAAGUCCCCACUGGGCAUCCUGAAUGAUCUGCUACAGGACAAAAAGGAACAUCAGAACAUACUCCGGGUCCUCAACAAGGGCCAGAUCUCCCCAGGACCCUCAGCUUCUCCGAAGUUCAUCAGCAGCAGCAGCCGCCUGGUCUUGAUGCGUACUGCACUACCAGUGAAGAUCAAGUAUGAGAUAAAGCGUCCACAUGCCGCAGGGGAUGGAUUUGUACCAAAACAAGAAGCAAAAGCCUUUCCAGAGAGGAAGGAGCCCCAGACAGAAAUGCAAAGAGGCAUUCAGGCCUCCUCAAGCACUUUAGUUGAACUGCUCAAGACAAGACAGGGAAGUAUGGAAUUUACAGCAAGAAACCAGGAGGUCUUUGGUGCCAGGAAGCUCUGUAGUAUGACCAAAGAUUACAAGGAGGAGACAAGCUGGACUCAUGGAGAAUGUGAUUCAAAUAAGAUUUGUAGUCAGUGUAACAGCAGCCUCCCUGCUGCUGUCACUCUGUCUGGUCAUCUUCAAGCCUUUGCAUGCAGGAAGAGGAUUGCUGUUUUUGAAGAACCAGGCUAUGAUUAUAAACAGAAGAAGCCAAGACCAAGGCCUGGGUUAAAAAAGAAGAUUUUACCCUGCUUGAAUGCUCAGAUAUACACACUCACCUGCAGAUUCUGUGACCUCAUCUUCCAGGGUCCCCUGUCUAUCCAGGAGGAUUGGAUCAAGCAUUUACAGAGACACCUUCUGCAAAACAGUGUGCCCCGCUCAGGGAUGGGGAUGGUGGAGGUUUUGGGGUAUGGGUCACAAAAUACAAAUAAGCAUGUGUCAUGAGUACCCAGAUUUUGAGUAGGAUUGUAUGGAAUGCCCAAAAGUUUGCACAGUAUUUAUAUUACUCAUUGUUAUAGAUUAAUGUGCAACUCCUUAUUGAAAUAUAUUAUGAUUAA